CCGAACUUUUCGAGAAUGGUUCAUGAUGGCUCGAUCAAUGGUAUAAAUAUCAAGCGCAGCGCAACAGUAGCCAUCAUCAGUUUAUCAAAUCCCUUUCAACAAGCUUCACCAAAGCCCCAAAUACCAAACCAAAACUCAAAAUGUUCGCCAAAGUGUUCGUCCUCGCUGCCGUUGCUGUUGCCUGUGCCAACGGAAAGCCGCUCGUCGCUGCCCCAGUCGUCGCAGCGGCUCCAGCUGUAGUGACAGCCCAGAGUUCCCAGGUCAUCGCCCGGAACUAUAAUGGGAUCGCCGCGGCUUACACUGCCCCCAUUGCUGCCGCUUACACAGCUGCUCCAGUAGCAGCCGCCUAUACUGCUGCUCCAUAUGCCACCGCCGCUUACACCGCCCCAGUUGCUGCAGCUUACACCACCGGUUUUGCCGCUCCUUACACCGCCGCUGCCUACGCUGCCCCAUAUGCUGCCGCUUACACCGCCGCUCCAGUGGCUACUCCAUUUGCUUCCGCCGCUUACACCGCCUAUCCUUAUGUCCUGUAAAUGCUCCCUUCAGCUAUCCCUUUUGCCAGAAAAAAACCCUUUUAAAUAAACCUCGCCUUGCAAAAUAA